UACGCGUGUUUAGGCCCAGUUUAGCAAUUACUCCAUUUGUACAAAGUUCUAAACUUUCCCCAUUUCCCAUUAUCAUCAGCUCCAUGAACAACAGAAUGGGAAGCAUUCGAUACAUCUCAGAGAGCAGCGUGCAAGCAUCAACUCCCAACGAAGCAGCAGCUCAACGGAUUGAGCUUACACCAUGGGAUCUUCAGUUUCUUCUUGUGGGUCCUAUUCAGAAGGGACUUCUCUUCUACAAGCCAAAGCCCCAACAAAUACAAGCAGGAUCAUCCUUAAUCCACCACUUGAAAGCCUCUCUUUCGCGCACCUUGGACCAUUUUCCACCGCUUGCAGGCAGAUUUGUGGCCGUUGAACAUGGAGAUGACACCACUUCUUUCUACAUCAACUGCAACAACAUGGGAGCCCUGUUUGUCCAUGCCAUAGCUGAUGGAGUAAGCAUUUCUGAUAUUAUCGAACCUCUUUAUGUUCCAAGCAUUCUCCACUCAUUUUUCCCACUAAAUGGGGUUAAGAACAUUGAUUCUAUUUCCGAGCCAGUACUGGGUGUUCAAGUAACUGAGCUUGUAGAUGGCAUUUUCAUCGGUUGCACCAUGAAUCAUACCGUCUGUGAUGGUAGCUCCUUUUGGCAUUUCUUCAAUUCUUGGGCAGAAAUUUCUUGCGGUUCUGUUAAUCUGUCUAAAUCCCCUGUUCUUGAGCGUUGCUUUCUUGAGGGAACUGAUUUUCCUAUUCGUAUUCCCAAUUCACAAAUCAAACAAAUCAAUGAAAAAUUCAUCCCUCUGCCAACCCAAGAAAGAGUUUUCCAUUUUACCAAAGAAAAUAUCACAAAACUCAAAGCAAAAGCUAAUGCUGAGGCUGAUAACAACAAGAUCUCCUCUCUUCAAACACUACUUGCCCAUCUUUGGCUAUCUGUUUUUCGUCUAAAACAUCUUGACCCCAAUUUAGAGGUCCAUUACAUAUUAACAAUCGGUGCUCGACGGAGACUCAAAUCCCUUCCCGAGGAAUAUUUUGGGACUGCAGUACAGGCCGGAACUGUGACUCUGAAGGCAGGGGAGCUGGUGGAGCAAGGACUGGGUAAUGCAGCGUGGCAAAUGAACAGAAUGGUUGCUUCUCAUACCGAAGAAAAGCUAAAGGAAUUCCUGGAGGCAUGGACAAGAAGCCCCAAGUUACUCAUGUUGAGCAACUUGACAAAAAAUGUUCUGGCUACAAGUAGUUCUCCACAGUUCAAUAUAUAUGGAAAUGAUUUUGGAUGGGGAAAGCCGAUUGCAUUAAGUUGGGAGUAAGAGUAAGGGAAUUCAUGGCUGCUGUAACCAUCUAGCUGGUUUAUAUCCACUCAAGUCUUUGUUUAUUGUCCUACGGAAAUAUGAAAUAAAAUUAAUGGAAUUAUUCUUUAGUUAGAUUUAGUCAUCCAAAAGUUGAAACCUAUAUAUUGCAUCACAGAACAAUAAAUAAUAAAGGACUUUUUUAAUU